CACAACGAAGUCCGACUCAGCAGAGCCGAAGACACACUCGAGAGUGCUCGAGAGCACUAUGAGCAGCUCAUCGCACAGAUAGCUCUGAAGCGUAAGGAGUUGGUUACCGCUGAGGAUGAUGUUGUGGGUGGGGCUAUGUAUGGCCUGAUGGAGAACAUUGCCAGGUGUGGGUGGUUGAGAUGA